AAAACUUCCAGCUGAGUGCUGUGCCCGAGUCCUGUCGCUCGCUGACACUCUGUCCCUGUAACUCAGCCGCCUGCGUCGCCUACGCCAGUCCGCCAUCACCAUACACAAAAGCGUCCCUGCCCUCACUGUCAGCCGUCCAUGCCCUACAGCCGCCGAGCUAUCCGCUCUCUAGCUCUGCCGACGCCCUUCCAGGCCCUUAUUCAAUACUCAGCACGGAGAGUGCCCUGGCAAACCAGCCUAAACGGAAACGAUCAUGGUCGAGGGCUGUGUUUUCCAACCUUCAGCGCAAGGGGCUGGAGAAACGCUUCGAGGUGCAGAAGUACGUCACCAAGCCGGACCGUCGCCAGCUAGCCGCCAUGUUGGGACUCACAGACGCUCAGGUUAAAGUCUGGUUCCAGAACCGACGGAUGAAGUGGCGACACGCACAACAGCAGGGGGAAAAAGAGAAGCCCACCCAGCCGACCGACCAGCAGCAAGUAGAUGAGAACAAUCAAAAAGACAGUGACAGUUGCCAGCUCCAGACACCCGGAGCUGCCACUGCCAGGGUGGCUGCGACUGUUGACAUGGACGGAUCUGACCUUGACAUUGACAGCGAGGUGGAGGUCAAUGACCCGGAUGUUGAUAUGAGCGACAGUGACGAGGUCAAGGACGGCUUCCUCAUCUCCGGCCACGUUUGCUUGCCGGACAUCGGGGUGGACAACUGA